CUACAUGAAAGUCGACUUGUUAGACGACAGUAAUACAUAACCGGCGUUAGUCGUUAAUAAUCAUAAUAAACAUGGAGGACAUCAGUUAUCGCGUGCAAAAUGAAGCAACUAAAGUAUUUACGGAAUUAGAUAAAGAAGUUCUGCGUAAAAUGCAGGGUGACAUGCACAGAUGUAGCGCAAAUUGUUGUGAUAAUAAAACUGCUGGUAUAGAUGAUGUACAGAAAUGUAUAGAAAACUGUGCAGGACCCUUAACUCGAGCACAGAAUUUCAUGCAACAAGAAGUAGAGAACUUUCAGAAUCGGUUGAAUAGAUGUGCUAUGGAUUGUCAGGACAAAGUACGAGACAAAAUGACGACAAAUAUCUCAGAGACACAGCGCUUACAGUUAGGUCAAGAGAUGGAAUCCUGUGUAAAAAAGUGUGCAGAUGAUCACAUAAGGAAAUUACCAGAACUGUCUAAGAAAUUGAAGUCUAAUAUAAGUAGUAUGAAAUAGGACUGGUAUCAGAUAAUGUGCAGGUUAGCUGUCUGUAAUUAGUUGAUUAGGUCUGGGAAAGAAAGUUUUUUCUGGCAGUUCAGUAGUGUGACAGUGUAUAUCCAAUACAUCAAAUAGAACAAAAAUAUAUAAUACUAAUGCAUUCCUUUUAUGAUUUCGUAUUCCUGCGAAAUAACUUUGAUGCCAAGGAUGAUUUCACAGAAUUUUCACUAAGAAUUCAAUACCUGGUUGGCUUAAUAGGAGAGUUUCUAAUUUAUUUACCACACCCAAGUGCAAGGUGGCAACUUUAAUCUCAGGGGCGUGAACUUUCGAUAUUUUUACUUUGGUGAACUUGCUGAACAAACAGUUCACAUUUGGUUUGUUUGGCAAAACGAUACUGCUAAGCCUGCAUACACAUUUACACCGAUAUUCAUUUAUCAUGUCACAUUGGCAAAAAACAAAACAAAUAUACAUGUGCAGUAAAAAUGAAUUUUAUAGAAUGUUUAUAUAGUUUAUACAGACUAUCAAAUAAAUGAUAAAUAAGA